GCCCAGAGCCAUGGAUCGAGAGCUUGCCCCAUCAGAGACCAGAGCCGAGAUCUGCCCAGGAGCUGGGAUGCUUUCCUGAGCUGCUUGGGUUGGAGCCUGGGACCCAAGAUCCGGGCAGCUAUUCCAGGAACUGGAAGCCAAGCACAACAGGUGCUCGGGAGGCCAUCAUGAUCAGCCCAGACCCUAGGCCUGCCUCUGGCUUGGCCCGGUGGGCUGAGAGCUACGAGACCAAGUACGAGCGCCGGCAAGAGACCCGUGAGAGCCGCCGCUGCCGCCCCAAUGUGACCACUUGCCGCCAGGUGGGGAAGGUGCUGAGGACCCAGCAGAGGGAACAUCUCCAGAGGGCACGACAACAGCAGUUUUUCAGACGGAGGAACCUGAAGGUGGAAGAGAAAGGCGAGGCACAGAGCCCGCAGGCCGGGGAGCCAGGUCCCUCCAGGAGGCAAGGCCAGGCGACCGACCUCAAGGAACCCUUGUCUUGGGCCAACAGGAUUUCUUCCCCCAGACAGCAGGUGUCAGGGACCAGCUCCGAGGUCUUUGCAACCCAACACCAGCCUCCCUCAGGCUCCUGGAGGGAUCCGGCUGACCACCUCCCCUCCCAGGCUGGGGGCCUUCCACCACAGGACCCUCCCAUCAAGAAGCCACCCAAACACCACCGUGGCACUCAGACAAAGGCAGAAGAAACACAGCCAACAAUUAAGCAUGAUGCCAGUCAGCAAACCAAUUAUGGAGUUGCAGUUCUAGAUAAGGAAAUCAUCCAGCUUUCUGAGUACCUCAAAGAGGCCCUACAGAGGGAGCUGGUUCUAAAACAGAAAAUGGUGAUUCUCCAAGACCUACUGUCUGCCCUGAUUCGGGCCUCUGACAGCUCUUGGAAGGGCCAGCUUAAUGAAGACAAAUUGAAGGGCAAACUGAGAUCUUUGGAAAACCAGCUGUACACCUGUACCCAGAAAUACACUCCUUGGGGAAUGAAUAAGGUGCUAUUAGAGAUGGAAGACCAGAAAAACAGCUAUGAGCAGAAGGCCAAGGAGUCACUGCAGAAAGUGCUGGAGGAGAAAAUGAGUGCAGAACAGCAGCUGCAGAGCACACAGCGGUCCCUGGCUCUGGCCGAGCAGAAGUGUGAAGAGUGGAAGAGCCAGUACGAGGCUCUGAAGGAGGACUGGAGGACCCUGGGGACCCAGCACAGGGAGCUGGAGAGCCAGCUCCACGUGCUUCAGUCCAAACUGCAGGGAGCAGACAGUAGAGACUUACAGAUGAACCAGGCCCUAAGGCUUCUGGAGAACGAGCGCCAGGAGCUGCAGACCAAGACUGAACGCCUGCAGCGGGACAGAGACCUGUGCAGCUCGGAUACCCAGCACCUACAAGAUCAACUAAAGAGGUCAGAGGAGGAGAAACUUGCCCUGGUGACCAAAGUACAGCAGUUGCAGAGUCUGCUUCAGAAUCAAUCCUUACAGCUUCAAGAACAGGAGAAACUCUUAACAAAGAAAGAUCAGGCUUUGCCUGGGUGGAGUCCAAAGCCCUCCCAUAACGGUGGUCCAGGGAAGGAGAAGGACUGGGAUUUCAGAGACCAGCUCCAAAAGAAAACUUUGCAGCUCCUGGCCAAGGAAAAGGAGUGCAAAGAACUGCAUUCAGAAUUAGACCACCUCAGUGAUGAGUAUCUCUCCUGCCUGCGUAAGCUGCAGCAUUGUCGAGAAGAGCUGAACCAGAGCCAGCAGCUGCCUCCCAGAGCAAUGUGGCCGAUGGCUUCUGAUGCUGAUGGCACUGAUUGCUAUAGCAGUGGCAGUGUUCCUGGCCAAUAAGGACAGCCUGAAGCUCUGAAUAACUGGUGACAGCUGCCUUGGGUGAAAAUCAGAAGCAAGAAAUUCAGUAAAAAACUCAGGUCUGGGUACUUUAAUGUGUGGGUUUUUCCAACUCAACUGAGAUUUCUGACUCUCAUUUUUUUAACCUGCUGUAAAAAUAAACAAACUUCACCUGA